CAGGCCGCAGGUCACCUUGACCACUGGACCAAGGACCCCGUGGGAACUUGCAGCUUCCUCCCGCCGCGCUCGUUUCUCGUGCGCUCACAGAGAGGUGCCCAGAGAGAAGACCUGUGUGGAGAAAACGUACAGGAUCACGGGAAAUGGGGGGGAAAAGAAAGGAGAAGCGAAGAAAAAUAGCAGUAGGAGGAGAGGUUAGUUUCCUUUUUUUGUUUCUGGCAGCAGCGGAGGAGUUAGAGUGGCUUUAAAAAAAAUUUCUGACAGGCAUUCGCCAAAGGCAACUCCGGAGCGCGCGCGACCAUAGACCUGGUGAAGGUCCUUCUUCUGGCACCUUGCGCCUGCGCUCUGGCAGCCGAGAAGGCGGGAGGCCGGGGUAGAGGGAAGCUUGAAACCGGAAGUGAAGGAAGGUUCCUUCUUUCGUCUGUGUUUCUGCCGCCAUACGCGCUCGCCCUGCUAAGCUCUUCUAUCAGAAACUAGUAUCUUUCCUUUGCUGUUCCUCAAGCUUCCCUCUCCCCCUUUUUUCCUAUUCUGGGAGAACUUAUCCAGAGAUCUCUUCCCUUAUCCCCCUGCCGGCCUAAUUAUGGCAGAGAAUGAUGUGGACAAUGAGCUCUUGGACUAUGAAGAUGAUGAAGUGGAGACUGCUGCUGGGGGAGAUGGGGCUGAGGCCCCUGCCAAGAAAGAUGUCAAAGGUUCUUACGUCUCCAUCCACAGCUCUGGCUUUCGUGACUUCCUGCUCAAGCCAGAGUUGCUCCGGGCCAUUGUUGACUGUGGCUUUGAGCAUCCAUCUGAAGUCCAGCAUGAGUGCAUCCCUCAGGCCAUUCUGGGAAUGGAUGUCCUGUGCCAGGCCAAGUCAGGCAUGGGAAAGACAGCAGUGUUUGUAUUGGCCACACUGCAACAGUUGGAGCCAGUUACUGGGCAGGUAUCUGUGCUGGUGAUGUGUCACACUCGGGAGCUGGCUUUUCAGAUCAGCAAGGAAUAUGAGCGCUUCUCUAAAUACAUGCCCAAUGUCAAGGUUGCUGUGUUUUUUGGUGGUCUGUCUAUCAAGAAAGAUGAAGAGGUGCUAAAGAAGAAUUGCCCGCAUAUCGUCGUGGGGACUCCUGGCCGCAUCCUAGCCCUGGCUCGAAACAAGAGCCUCAACCUCAAACACAUUAAACACUUUAUCUUGGAUGAAUGUGAUAAGAUGCUUGAACAACUCGACAUGCGUCGGGAUGUCCAGGAAAUUUUUCGCAUGACCCCCCAUGAGAAGCAGGUCAUGAUGUUCAGUGCUACAUUGAGCAAAGAGAUCCGGCCAGUCUGCCGCAAGUUCAUGCAAGAUCCAAUGGAGAUCUUCGUGGAUGAUGAGACGAAGUUGACGCUGCAUGGGUUGCAGCAGUACUACGUGAAACUGAAGGACAACGAGAAGAACCGGAAGCUUUUUGACCUUCUAGAUGUCCUUGAGUUCAACCAGGUGGUGAUCUUUGUGAAGUCUGUACAACGGUGCAUCGCCCUGGCCCAGCUCCUAGUGGAGCAGAAUUUCCCAGCCAUUGCCAUCCACCGUGGAAUGCCCCAAGAAGAGAGGCUUUCUCGAUAUCAGCAGUUCAAAGAUUUUCAACGACGAAUUCUUGUGGCUACCAACCUGUUUGGUCGAGGCAUGGACAUUGAGCGGGUGAACAUUGCCUUCAAUUAUGACAUGCCUGAGGAUUCUGACACCUAUUUGCAUCGGGUGGCCAGAGCAGGCCGGUUUGGCACCAAAGGCUUGGCUAUCACGUUUGUGUCAGAUGAGAAUGAUGCCAAGAUUCUCAAUGAUGUUCAGGACCGCUUUGAAGUCAAUAUUAGUGAGCUGCCUGAUGAGAUAGACAUCUCCUCCUACAUUGAACAGACACGGUAGAGGACUCGCCCAUUCUGGAACGUGACAGUCUGUCUCUUCAGGAGAGGACAACAAGUGUGGGAAUGAAGACACUACUGCCACCUGUCCCUGACAACCCCUAGGCCCGAGGCUUUCUCCUUUUGCAUCACCAUCACUCCUAAACCUGUUCCUGAUUUAUCAGAAUUUUUUUUUAACAAAACUAAAAAUGAAACAGAUGUGUCUGUAGUAUCU